AUGAUAACAGUUUACACAAUCGAAUUGUGCAAUUACGGUAAACAAAUUGCACCUGCAUUAAUGGUGACACUAACUGCUGUUACAACUAUUUCUAUCUUAUUAUGUAAAGCAAAGAAAAAUAUAACAGAAAAACGAAAAGAUUCACCGAAUACUGAGUCAAUAUCAAUUCAUGGACAAGUUUCGAGUGUUUCUAAUGGACAAAACUUAUGUUCCACCUCAUUCAAUAAAAAUUCAAAUUUGAACACUGAAACAAUCUCAUUUAUUCCAAUUAAUCAAAAUCAACAAAGCAGUAGCUUAAUAAAGAAGGCAAAAGAUGAUGCAACACCGUUGUUUAGUGAAUCCACUGAAGAAGACGCUAUGACUGAAAUUGUAAAGGAGAAAAGAAAAAAAGGUAUAAAAAAGGAAAAAAGCAAUGGAAAGAAGAGGAAUUUCGAUAUUGAAAGUACCCAAAGAUCGAUUUCUCAAAAUCGAGUAAAUACGGGAAUAAAGAGAGAUGAAAUGAUGACAAAAACGAAGAUUAAUUUCAUGGCCGAUUUGCCCAUUGAUUCAAGUCAAGCUUCAGACUUACAUUCGGCUAAUAUAUGGUUGGAUGAAAUUGAAACUAAAACUAUGCGUGAAAUUCCUGUAGACAAAUUACUGAGCUUGAAAAAAAGUUUGAUGCCAGUAGAAAGGAAUCGAUUACAAACAACUGAAAAUGUGCUUUCGGAUCAUUCAAAUAUCAGCCUUACGGGAGAUGAAGAAGCGCAAUCAUCCAGUGAUGAGACUGAUGAAUCUGAAGAGACAAGAAGUGAAAGAUGA